AUUAAAUUAGUUCUAUUCCAUUAUAUAUAAGCAUAUUGAAUACAAACUAAACGAAAACAAAAAAAAAUUAGAGUAAGACUAGAAACCUUUAUAGGAAAAAUCAAAUUCGCAAUGUCUCUGCACAUUAAAAAAAAGGAUACUUUGUUGUGAAAACCAAUCAUAAACAAAAUAUGCACAAAUGACAAUAAUAUGAAAUAUUAAGGAUAUUAGCAAAGUGAACAGGUAGACUUCUAACUAGUUUGUUUUAAUGGAUAAGGUAAGAAAAGAUAGAAAUAAUAGUAACACUUAAAUAAAUAAAUUUGCACAUUAGGGAAUAUAACUAUAGACACUCAGUAAAUCGAAGGUUUACAAAAACACGCCAAUCAGCAGCAACUAUUAUACAAUUUUCAUCAUAUUUAAAUAUAAUAACAAUACGAAUUAAAUUACGAGAGAGAAAAAUAUACAAAUUAAGGUGAAAUAUAUUAGAAAAAGAUCAAAUAAGAUACCGUUAAUGCAACAAAGAAAAAGACAUGGUUGUAAGGUAAAUACAACAACAACUACUACUAAUAGUAGUAGUAAUAGUAAUAGUAGUAUGAGUUGAUUAUGCGCAUCUUUCAGAAGACUUUUAUACAUAUUCUGCAUUUACAUAAUAAUAAUAAUAAUAAUAAUAAUAAUAAUAAUAAUAAUAAUAAUAAUAAUAAUUUUAAUAUUGCACUUACUAGAAACAAAAUGAAAAAUGAUAAAAUAAUAAUUGGAACGGACAAGAUAGUAUUAGAAAAUGUAUUACAGGCAUUUGUAUACUAUUAUACAGAGAAAAUAAUUUCAGAUUACUUUCAUGUUGAAAAUGGAGAGUUAAAAAAAAAGAAGAAAUUUAGACGUCAGCUCAAACUAUACACAAUUACAAAAAUCAGUAAUGUUAAUUUAAGUCGAAAAAAGUCAGUAGAAAAAAACAACCUCCUCCUUUCACCUUCAAAUGUAACAAAAGUAAAUGAAUUUGCUCAUGGGCAAUAUAAAACAUUAGCUUACAUUGAAUAA